AUGUUGAGCUCAUUGAUUUCAUUAUCUUUCAACGAACAAGAGGAGGAGGAUAUCUUUGCCCCAGAGCUACACCACAACCACCAGCAGGGGCGCCGGUGGCCGUGUCAAGCUAUGCAAAUGCGUCAACUACUCAUCAGCUGCGCCGAGCUCGUGUCUCAAUCGGAUUUCCCGGCUGCUAUCCGUCUUCUAUCCAUAUUAUGCUCGAACUCAUCCGCUUAUGGAGACUCCAUAGAAAGAUUAGUGCAUCAGUUUGCCAAAGCACUUUCUCUCCGCAUCAGUCGUCUUCACGGUCCUGGUUCGAACCUGCAGCUGAUGAUGAACAACAUCAACUUCCCGAUCACCGCGACCAGCGCCGUCACCGGCAUCGAUCCGUCGCUGCAAUCGUGUUAUCUUUCGUUAAACCAACUGACCCCGUUCAUUAGAUUCGCGCAUCUGACGGCGAACCAGGCCAUUCUCGAAGUCAUACAAUUAGGGCAACGGCAGUGCAUUCACAUACUAGACUUUGAUAUCAUUCACGGCGUUCAAUGGCCUCCGUUGAUGCAGGCGUUAGCCGAGCGUUCCGCCAACACGAUCCGCCCCCCACCGAUGCUCCGAAUAACCGGAACAGGCCACGAUUUGAACAUACUCUACCGCACCGGCGACCGCCUUUACAAGUUCGCGCAGUCGUUGGGGCUUAGGUUUCAGUUCAACCCUGUUUUGAUCCUCAACGACGAUCCUUCUUGGAUAGCUAGAAACCUUCAUUCCAUGGUCACAAUCCUUCCCAACGAAGCACUGGCGGAAUGCAUGUUGUACCUACACAGGUUGCUGAAAGACGACUCUAUUGACCUGCGGCUCUUCCUUCACAACAUCAAGGCCUUGAACCCCACCGUGGUGACCGUCGCCGAAAGGGAAGCGAACCACAACCACCCGCUAUUCCUUCAAAGAUUCGUGGAGGCCUUGGACUAUUACACGGCGGUGUUCGAUUCUUUAGAAGCAACUCUUCCGCCGAACAGCAGGGAAAGACUAGCCAUGGAACAGAUAUGGUUCGGGAGGGAGAUCGUGGACAUAGUGGCUGCCGAGGGAGAGAAUCGAAGGGAACGGCAUGAGAGGCUCGAGACAUGGGAAGUUAUACUGAGGAGCUCAGGGUUUUCAAAUGUAUCAUUGAGCCCGUUCGCACACUCACAGGCCAAGCUUCUCCUCAGAAUCCAUUAUCCAUCGGAGGGUUACCAACUUCAAGUUCACAACAACUGCUUCUUCCUAGGUUGGCAGCAUCGUCCCCUUUUCUCUGUAUCCUCUUGGCACUAA